UGAGUCAGCCCAUUCGAUUGGUCGAAGUCGAUGACGCCGUUGGAUGUCAUCGGGAUCGGCCAUGUAACCCGAUCCCCGCCACCAGCAGAGCGAGAAGAGCCCGAGAAAAACGGUUUGUCAAGAGGCAAGAGAAAAGUUUUCGAAAGAAAAUCGAGCAGCGAAAUUGGCCAACGGAAGAGAAACGAGGAGAGGAGAAAAACAACUGGAAGAAGACGAGGGAGAAGAAGAAAAAAGGACGGAAGUGAAGCAGGCAGGAACGUAGAGUUUACAAUAUUGGGCUUCAUCGAUGAAAGAGAGGCGAGGAAAAGUUUUAACAUGAAAAUUUGUGAUGAAAAGAGUUUUUUCUAAGACAGGAAAAAUAACAUCUUUCGUCGUCCAAUCGUCGGGAUCGUCAUUAUUAUCGAGAACAGAGUAUCGCAAUCGAAUACAAGACCACAAAAAACGCGCUAAAAUUACUAUUCGAGCAUUCAAUUGAGAGAUCGUUCACAUGCUUUUCACCGCAUGAGCGACCGUGGUGAAAAAUUCUGCUGGUUUCUACGAUAAAUUUAGUUAUACAAGUCCAUUUUUCACCCCGGUUCGCUGUAUUUCACUUCCUCUUCUCUCCAUCUUUCUCGCGCUCGCGGUUUCGUUACUGCUUCAUAGUCGCUGAGAACGAACCACGCCUAUGGUCCAAAGAGCUGUGAAUAAGAGAAUUGAUAGGAAAAUAAAAAAUGCGAGAAUAGCAAGGACUGAUUUCGUUGUAACGAAAUGUCUUUUCACCUUUCAAUCCGAACAAUGUGCUCUUGUGGAAGAAAGAAGGGGACUGAUAAUAUUAGACAUAAAGACAGGAAAAAUAAAUAUUCAACGAGCAAUGAAAAUGAGAGACGGGCCAAGAGAAACAUCUAUAAAUGAUUUUAAGUUUUUUUUGUUUCCAACGAUACGCGAACAUUUUGAACUCCUUCAUUUCAACUCUGAAGUUAUAACCUUUGAAAAAUUCCAGUAGCCGAAGGAACGCAUUGGGAUUCUUUAAAUUAAUUGAAGCGAAGCUCUUGAAAAAUAGAUUGAAGGAAAUGGAAAGAGAGAAAGAGAAAGAUGAGUUGUCGAUAAAUCAAUGGGAAUACGGCCAAAGAGAUUUAAGGAGAAGUAAAAAAACAACACGACCGAACAAUCUGAGAAAAGAGUCGAAGGCCGCUCCGAAAGGGCUGCUGCAGAUUACAAGCUCCGGCCAUUCGACGUCGCAACGCAAAAGUGAAACCUGUGACAGAGAAAAGUGGAGAAUUAAGGGUUCUUAGCGAGGCCACCAUUGUUCCAUCUCUCGAUGAAUCUCCCUGGUAUGCCGGUACUCCACAGUUAACGUUUCACUCGAUCUUCUCGUCUCUCAUUCGAUCCUGCAUCGACACCGUGUGACGCCAACUCGGAAAAUCCUCUCUUCAUUAUCAAUGAAAAAACGCUAGCCGUCAAGAUGGAAACUUCUCGGAUCCUCGUUAAAACCUCGUCAAUAAAUCGAUCUAUUGAAAAUUUCAACUAGAACGAAUUUAAUGGUUGGUAAAAGUAUUCAUUUCAUCGAAAGGAAAAAGGCUCCUCUUCGAAAUGCCACGAACAAACGAUCGUUCAUUGGAUAUAUUUAAAAUUCUUAACCAAAAGUGAAAUACUUUCGCUCUUAUUAGAUGGAGUAACCAACGACAAAUGAAUAUGUGAACAUCGACAAAGUUAUUCAGAAAAAGGGGUUUCGCCGUCAUCAGUUGGCAAGAAUAUUGAUGAAUGGAAGGGUGUCGAAAAUCAGAUGAAAAGUUGUCAUGUGAUGACUGAUCAGCUGACAAAAAAGAAAUGGUGUCAAGUCAAGAAACGGAAGCAAAACAAGAGAAAAACUUUAAUAUCGAAACUGAAGAACGGGGAUGAGGCAUAACGAGACAGGGAGCAAGAGAAAAGGAGAAGAGAAAUUAAAAAAGGAAGAUGGAAUAAAAGGGGUGAAAAAGAAUGAAUCACCAUAGGAACAAAAAACAUAGAAAGUAAUAAGCAGCUAAAUAAAAAAGUGAUGAAAAUUGAAUGAGAGAGUCUGUAUGGCUCCUUAUUGCCUACGCUUUCUCCCGUGUGGACGACGAUGGAUGUAGUGAAUUCCCAAGACGAUGGGCAGCACUUAAAUUAUAAUGAAACUCAAAACACAAUAAGUAAAAAAAAAAAAGAAAGAAAGAAAGAAACGAAUGACAAAAGUGUAUUCGACGAAGACGAUUCUCGCAUCGCGUCACGCAUGACAAAAGUUGUUUUUUAUUUCGUUCUCCAUUUCAACGGAUAUAUACAGAAAAGAUGAUGAUGGAGAAGGGAAGAAACGAGCGGUUGAAAGUUUUAGAUCGAAGCCGAAUGAGACAUGAGAAAAUAAUCGGCAGACACAGAAGAAUAAGAAAGACAUGAAAACGACGAAGGGAAGAAUGAGAAUUUAUUUAGGUUUUAAGUUUCUAGCGAAUUAACGAAUAGACAAAAGAUGGAAAAAACACACACCUUAAUCGAUAAAUAGCGGAGUUAUGUAGUUGUUGAACCGUGCGACGGCUGUUUGAAUAAUAACGAUUAUAUAGCAAAUAAGAAAAAAAAAAAAAGAAAAAAAACUAGUUGAAACUUUGUAGUUAGGGGAGAUUUUGCCCAAGGUGUCCGAGAGAAAGGGACAACGCGUGAACGAAAGUGAGUGCUUGUGCGUUUGCGAUCGUAUGCUUCUCGACUGUUUCGCUUUAUGAAUUGAGAAAGAAGAAAAUAAAUAAUUUUAAAAACAUCAUAAAAAUGAAAAACAUAAAGAAAAAGACAAGUGAGUUUAACGAAAUGAUUGGGAGGAAAAAUAUAAAGUGUGCCUGUAUAUGCACGAGUACGUUUGGCGAUGAUAGCGUAGUAAUAUUUAAAUUGUAUGUAUGUCAAAAAAAGUUUAUUUGAAUACAUGAGUAAGUAGAUAUUAGGCUCGUGAAGAUGAAACAGCGGAAUAUAGAAAAGGAUGAAAUAAUUAGCACACGACGCGUCGAUAAAUCAACGUGGUUAAAAACCAAGUCUUUGCUUCGUUUCGACAUAGCGCUCCUGGAAAAAAAAUCUCGUUUAAAGUCAUACUGAUAACUCGAUGAAUUAGCCAUUGAUGAUGAAUCAUCAAAACCUUCGAAUUCACGCGAUGGAGAAUAAAGCGUCGUUUGUUCGUUCCGGCGCGUCGAAGCAUUUGUUAAAGUUAUUAUAGUUUAGUGUUGAGUCCAAGACACACCGGAUACGAACACUAACAUUAACCGAGAAAAUUUGGAAGCGCGAAAUAUUAUGCCGCGGAGUUUGAGGAUUGGAAAUUGGCUGAGCGCACAUUCGAAUCAGCAUUGACCGAUUGAUCGACGACCGAUUAAUUGACUGAUUGAUCAAUCGUGUAACCAAAUGGUUGAUCAAUGCAUCACAAACGUCACAGAGACCACCGUGAAUCAACACUCGAGCAUUAAUUCGCUGGCUAUUUUUCUCAUCCAAGAGACUCUCUCGCGGCAAUUCGUGUGGCCAGAUGAAGGUGUGACAUGAACGAUCGAAGCAUGGACUUUAUGGUGGAUAACGCAUGCCUUAUAUAUAUUAAAGAAGAGUACUAAAAUGAGGAAAAAAUCGAAAAAAACACACACGCGUUUAGGAACCCCGCAAAAUACUCAAAAAUAACGGGUGCUAAAUUUCGUUAUACACGUGAAGUACGCAAAAAGUCGGUCGUUAGAGUCAGACAAGAAAAAGACGUUUGGAAUAAUUGUAAAAUUCUAUCAACAUCGUCGUCCUGUUGCUGCUGGAGAACGAAUGAGUUGAAAAAAGAUCGAAUAAAGUAAAUAACCCAAAAGUGAUGAUGAAAGUCCCUGUGAACGGUAUGAUCCCGAGAAUAAACGAUGGCAUAGCUAUUUUUUUUCUUUUUUCGACGAACGUAUGUAUUGUAAAGAACAAUGUAUGAUUUGUGGAAAAACGACGUGCGUAAUUUAAAACAGAAAGCGAAACAGUGUGAGAGAGAAAGAGAGAGAGAGAGAGAGAGAAAGCUAGGAAGAAAAUGAGAAAACUUGACACAAAAAAAAGUUUAGAGUCAUUUUUGUAUGGACGAUGGAGAAAACAAAGUGUAUUUUUUUAUUUUCAAUUCUCCUUCGCGAUUCUCAACAACACUUUCCAACGAUUCUUCAUACGACAAAAGGAACAUAUAAGACAAAACAAACAAAGAAGAAGGAUCACUUUUCCGCUCAAAAAUCCUGUGACACGAUUCUAUUCCUAUCUGUCUUUGUCCCUAGAUAUUUCGUUUCAAUUUCUACGAUGAAUGAAAAAUAACUGAAUAAAUAAAUGGAAAUUCCAAACGAUAAAAAAUAGCGGAUGAAAAUGUUUGCAAAGCUAUCGUUUUCCUCGGCGAAACGAUCUCGAAUCGGUGCGAGGGAAUUAAUUACAUAACGUAGAAUGGAAAAACCGUAUAUCGAGGUUCGGCAUCGUUGUAACAGUCACGGCUUUGAAUGUUACUUUUUUUCUCUUUCAUUACUGCUGUCAGUGUUGUAAAUGUUUCUCCGAUGAGUCGAUACUCUUUCCUAAUUUAAAUGAUAAACAAAAGGAAAAAAUCAUAGACAAGAGUGAAGUAGAGAGAGGGAGAGAAAGAGAAAAAGAGAGGGAAAAGAAACUCCGGAAGAAUAAUUAAAGUGAGACCUUUCGAAUUUCAGUUGUGUCUCGUUUUAGCCAAUAACUUUAUUCUCGUUUUUAACGUCACCUGAUCUUCCUCCGCUUUAUCUAACAAACUUGUGGCUCGUCGUUUCAUCGUAAAACACAAAUGUACAUAGCUAUACGUCGCGACUCGUGCAAUCGCAACUUUACGAGCGAAAAUCCGAUGUGGCAAAGUUUCUAAAGUCUCGAUAGCUUCGUGGCACCUUCCAGCUGUAAAAAAGAAAAACCUGAACGCUUGACAUACAUAAAUAUAUAUCCGGUUGCCUGGAGUUACAAAACUUUUGGUGACUUAGCUUUUACGAGAACGUGAAACGAAGAAAAUCAUCGACCCCUGUCCUCUCGUACGUUUUUCACGUUCGAGUACAGCGACGAAAAAAUAAAAUAAAAUAAAAUAAAGUUACAGAACAUCCGAGACGUACUUCCGGUGUUAUGUUGAAAAAAUCGAUACCGCGACCGCUCCACGGUCAAGAGGAAAAGAAAGUUAUAGAACGGAGAAUCUACUUGAGAAAAGUUCACAAGAAAAGAAGUGCUUGAGGUGGCAACGGUGAAGUACGAGGAAUCGGUACUGCGAAGCUUGAAAAAUCGAGCCAAGACCAAGUCGAGAAAAGAAUAGCACGAAAGGAUAAAACGAGGAAGAUGCAGGAUAAGAACGGUUCAGUAAAUCGAGUCACCACAUAUUUUAUCGUCAUCUCUUUUACUCGAAAAGCAUGUUCUCUUUUUCUGUAUAUUCGAGGCACAAUUUUGUAACUCAAUUCACCAGUAAUAUCACUAUUUUCGUGAUAUGAAAACGUCACAAUCGAAAAAAACGCAUGCCGCGUAUAAGGUUCGUACAAUUCGUAAGAGCCUAUUCGUUUUUAUAAUAAUUCAUUCCGUUCAAUUUAUUUUUCGAAUUCGACGAGGCUGAAGUUGCCCCUUUUUCUCUCCCUCGAUCGGUAUCGCCUCCGAACGAAGUACGUGCUUUCGUGGAAAUCUUAUUUCUCUCUAACACUGUUUCACGAUAGCACUUCGAUGUUGCAUGUUCGAGCGAAUAUUCGUGUACUGUGUAAUUCUACUGUCCGGACUUUUGUCUCAUAAAUGUAUUUCAUUGGUUAUUGUAUGAAUGGAUGUGCAGUGUUUACUUCUUCUGUCGUCUGUGUCGUGUUUGCAGCUAUGUGAAAUUCGCUGACGCUUUACAGCGGGUCCGGUUCGUCGAGAAUUUAUUUCACGCAGCGAAUACUUACGCGUGUUUGCCAAUUUUUCCAAACACAAUCAGGCCUUAAUUCAUUUUUACAGAGAUCCUCAAAAGUAAAUGCGAUCAUUUCGGACGUAAUGGAGCAUCUGUCGUUGGAAGUUGAGUUUUUCUUUCUUUCCUUUCGUCUGGGACAUUGUAAUUGAAAAUCCAUUAGAAGAGAGGUGCUCGUAAUGAAUUUUUUUUCGCCGAAAAGUGCCGUUACAAUCGCUAUUCUAAAGUCAGAGUCAAUAGCCUCAGAUCUGUGUCUCGCGCAUCUAAACACGUAUAUUUUUUCAUGAGACACGAACGCUGUACACAGACAAUUAAAAUGAAUUAUGAAAGUGAUGAAUAUAUGAUUGUUAUAUCGACGAAAAGAAAAAGACAAGUUUUCCAACCAUCAAAUGAUGAGGUUUUGGACGAACUGGACCACGCUUUAAUCUGUAUGUCUCACUUCCUCUCUCUCUCUUUCUCUUUUCUCUUUUCUCUUUUCUCUCUCUCUCUUUUUGUCUCUGUCUCUCUUGACCUGUCCUUCCCUCUUUUUUAUUCUGGGGACUCCUCUUUCAUACACACUUCGUCUCUGAUCUUGGAUACAUCUCGAUGAUGAUCAAAAGAUCAAUAUUAUUUGUUAACUGUGCAGUAUUGGUCUGACAAGCCUCCCUGACCAGAAAGAACAACUCGGCAGUUCAGCUCCUGCUCUGUUGGAUGACCCACCCCUAAAAUCAUGAUGAUCAAAGUCCAGCGACAGCUUCGUACACAUCUACGAAUGGACCAUUAAUUAAUCCAAUCCAAAAAUGGUCCGAACCUCCUUCAAUUAUCCCGAACAAUAUACUUGAAGUCAAUUAACUCAAUUAACCCCGAGAAAUGUAUAUUUCAUUAGUCGAAAGUUCGCGAUUUCAUUUAUUCUUUUCUCAUUAUAAAAAUAAAUUAAUACAAUACUCAAGUUAUAUUGAAGAUCAUUCGUCACUCGCAAAUUUCUCGUUCAGCCUCGAUCUCUUCGAGUGAAAAAAGCCCCUGAAGAAAAUCGCUUUCGAUUUUCAAAUUUGCGAGGAAAUACGUAGACCGACGAAAACAAACGAAAAUAAUCAGAUAAACCAAUAAAGUAAAAAUAAAAAAGAAACGGGACAAAUAUAAAAGAGAAUAUUUAUGAUUGUAAACUGUAAUAAGAUCUAUGUAAUUCUUGUAUAUCGUUAUUAUUAAUCACACGCUUGGGAAUGAAACAAACAACGUAUUUUUAUGGUUUCGUUCUUCUAAUGUGUUACGCUGACGAUCAUCGAUUAUUCAAAUAGCAAGAUUAAUGAUAAACACCACAUACAUUACCGCGACACAAAGAUCUUCGUGUAACGUCGUUAUUGUUACGAAAUAAAUCGUUAAUCGUUUAUGGUCGAGCGAUGUCCCCGCGAACGAAUAUUUUCCCUUUAUUUAUAUAAAUCUACAUAUAUAUAUAUAUAUAUAUAUACACAUAUAUCAUCAAUAUAUAUGUCUAAUUCUAUAUAAAUGCAAAUAUAUAUUACAAAUCGUGAUCUCUAUUUCCGAUUCACGUACGAUUGUCAAUCGUAGACGAAAAAAAAAAAACAAACAGUUCUUUCAUCUGUCUUUGAGCUCGCACCUUCGAUGUCUCUACGUGCAUGUACGCUACUGCAUUUCGUUCAAUAUAUAUACAAAUGUAUAUGCAACAACGUGUAUAUGCGUGUAUUAUUGAAUACGUGGAAAAAAAUGCUCUAUAUAUAUUUUGCUGCCUGCCGGGACACAGAGGAGCGAGACUGCGUUACGAAAAAUUGAUGGUAGCACGAGGAGAUUAACGAACUUCAAAAAGGAAUCGUGUUAAUCCUCUUUUUCAGGAAAAAUAGUCUCGCUCGGUCUUACACAAAAAAAUAUAUAUCUAAUCAACUCCGAGAUUAACACGAAUCUCUCGCGUUCUCGUGUCAGUGAAAUGAUUAUCCAGUCCGAUUGCUCCGCAGCUUUCAAAGGGCAAUAAUGCAAUUUUUCGAGUCUCACGAACACAACGCGAAAGAGGACAGAGAAUAAAAAGAAGAUCUUGAAAAUACUCGAUGCCUUUGGCACUGUGUCUAACUUAUUCGUAUUCCACUGUUAACAGAAAACAAACAAACAUCAAGACGUUUAAUGUUGCUGCUACUGUUAUAUGCUAAUUAAUGUCGUAUGUCGUUGUUGUUUCUCGAUAUUCAAAACUUCGAUGCACCCUCGUCUCCGCAUACGCAUGUAUGUUUAUACCUACGUCGCUCCAAUCGAUGAUCAACCGGGCGGUUCGCGAUUGAGCCAUUUUGGCUGAAUUCCGUUUACAUUCUAACUGUCCUUGCUACUUUUUUUCGUCCUGUUUUCCGGGUGAUGAAUUUUCGAAUGAAUUUUUCAUAUUUUUGACGAAACCUUCGUACAUUUUUUUGCGAAUUCUGUUUCAUUCGGAAUCUUUGGUUUUGUGAAGAUAUGAAAAGUAAUAAAUGAUUUUCUUCAGUUAAACGUUAUUACUUUGGGAAAUAAUCGCUCGGUAAAAGACAGUGGACUUUGAUGAUCUUUGUCAAGUGAAAAUCGAUGUCAACUGCAACGACUUUGGUGUGCGCAUAGACUCGAUACUAGGUGUGACUUUGUGCGUAUUUUCUUAUUAGCGAACGCUUGAAACUUGCUGUGAAAAAGUUUACUGUGAUGAUCGGUAAACCGAUGAUCCUCGAUUCGAGAAUCGUUACGCCCUUUCGAUAUUUCACGGUUGUGAAAUUAAGCCCGUUGAUGACACGCUGUGAGCAUAAUCGGUCCGAGGAAAAAAAGCACUAAAUUGACGAACCGUUGCGGCCUAAAAUUCAUCGUUCUCUCGACAAUAUUUUUUUGGAAACUCUUUGAAAGAUCCUAAACACGAAUGUCUCCACACUUUUUCGACAGGUUCGCGACGCUCUUUCGUUUAUUUCGUCGAAACGCGAUCUUGAUCUUUCUCAAUUGGAACGAGGACCGGAUCACACGGUGAAUCGAGCUCUGACGACAGUCGUCGAUCGAGUACAGAGUUGAACCGAUAAGUUCGGGAGCAAAGUGCAAGUAUUUUAUUCCAACCGACAACUCAGAAGAUCCUUUAUCUCAUCGGGGAUGGGAGUUUUCGGGGAACUGUGAGUAAAUUUCUCCUCGCAACCGAAGAAUUCAUCUUCAGCAUUCUUCGAGCUCCCUAUCCGUUCUGAGCAAUCUGUUGAUACGUUUCCAAUUUUCGUCUCCUCUCUUAGGCUCUCCAGCGCUUUUACUUAAGCCACCCUAAGCCACAACACGGCAACGUGGCACGUGAUAUAAAAAGGGAGAAUCGACAGACACACACACACACGCGCACACACACACAGUCGCAGGCAGCCACAGAGUCUGCAUACGUGCGCACACUUACACUUCUCGAUCGACACAUACGUUUGGACACACCCACGCAUAGUGACACUCGAGAGUUACUCAAUUCGUGUUUCAUGUAAACUCACAGCCGCGGACAUACGACGCUGAUUAUUUAAUGUUAAGCAAGAGUGCAAGAGUGUUAAAAGAGUCGCAAGUCGGUGUUCGAGAAAACGAUUGAGCAGGGGGGGGGGGGGGGAGAGGAGAAAUUAAUAUGUUUAUCCUCCCCUCCGUUCGUGGCAUUAACCGAUUAUAAAAUGCUCGCGGCUAUGGGAAGAUUGGUCUUUGAGAAUUUUUCACCCCCAACGGGGAGCUUAGGGUCUGGAUAGGUUAUUGAAAAACCAGGUAUAAAGGACAACAAAUCGAUCUUAAAGCAACGUUAGAUAAUUAUAGUCGAAAAACAAGUAUAAUUUUAAAAAUAUUUAAAGAUGGAAGCGAGUGGGCGUUUGAGCGAAUAAGACGGGCGCUGUCGGAAGCGAGAGCAUGCGACCCGGGGGACAGGACGAGUGUGACGAUCGCGACGAAAGAACCAUUGAAUCUUCAUUUCGAGAAUAAAUGCGCCGAAGAAUUGAGGUCGCUCGCGACAGAGACUGUUGUGUUUGCAUUAUUUAAGCCCCAAAUGUAAAUAGCCCUCGUUAAAUAUAAAGCAAAAUAAAUGAAAGACAAAUGAAGACUCUGACGAAGACGAAACUCCGUGAUGAUGACCGAAAAAAUGAUAAAAAUCUGUGUGCGCGUGUCGCGAAGCUCGAUCGAACGACGCGUACUCCGCCUCUGUGAACUUCACGAAGUAUGCGUAUACUCACAUGUAAAUAUGUAUACUUCGACGGCAAAUGAAGACGAAAAUUAUGUAACAAGGCGACGAAUGUCAGUUUGACUGAAAUAAUAGAAAAAAGCGUUACGAAAGGACACAAAAUUCAUGAAGAACUGUAACUGCGCAAGGGAACUAGAAACAUUUACGUCAACCACAUAAUAUGAUUAUUCAGAGACAACGACACAACGCAUUAAUAAAGUAAUAAUAAUACUAACCAUUACCGAAUUUAUUAAUAACGCGAUUAAUAAUCGUCAUUAUUACGACGAUAAAACAACAAAUAUUAAUAGAUAUUACUACCAUGAUGAUGAGAAUGAUGAUCAUUCGUUAUGCGUACAUUACAAUAUACAUAAAUCUUUAUAUAUCUAUACAUAUGUAUAUACACGCGUAUACAUAAAUAUACAUAUAUAAACAAAAUGUAUGUAUAUCUUACGGUAUGAGCCGCCAAAGACGGGCGAUCCGAAAAAUCGAGUCGAUCAUUAACGAACGUUGAUGGAACGCGAGUGAAUGUGAUGAGAUUUGAAAAAAAUGAGGGCCACCUGCUCGAAAUUUUGGUGGAAGCCCUUUUGUCUGAGCAAUUUUUCGGCCGGUCCAUUUUGGGUGGCUCACUCUGUAUACGGGGUAGCGUGAUAAGGUGAGCUUGCAGUUCAGGACGAUGUAUUACUGAAAUAUAAAAUGGCAAAGAGAAUAAUAUUUCACGAGACAAAAAUAUAAUUAGGCUUUAGCUUUGUACGUGAGGGAAGAAAAACGUGUGCUUAGUGAACUAGGAAAAAAGAGAAAAAAAAAGAAAAGAACAACAGCGGACGUGAGAGAGAGAGAGAGAUUUGUAAUUUGUACCGGCAUCGACAUUUGUAAUUUAUUGGAUGCGAGAUGAAAUCGCUGGGAAAGUGACAUGGUAAUACAUGAAACGAAGGUUAUUGUUAAAAAAGAGAAAUAAUGAUGAUACUGAAUCGAGGGAAAUAAACGGCCAUCGGGAACGGUAAAUGAAUUGUUUCGACUGCCAUUUUGGUAUGAAGUUCGAGUAUAUUUCCAUCACCCUAGCGAAGCGAACUCAAUUCGAUUUUUAUGAAUGUCGAUGGGGGAUGCUGCUUCGGGGUGUAGGAAAUAUCACUCUCGUCGAUUUUCUGUCGUUUUUUCGUUCAAUAUCCGUCACGAUUAUUGCAUUUCUCAGUUAAUGAAUAAUCGUUAAAUGAAAUUGUAUCGGAGAUGAAUUUCAUUAUCGUGCGUACCAUUGAGCGAGGAAUAUUACCUUCGUGGGAGAACAAAAGGUGCUGUAACGAAUCCGCACUCUUCUAAAUUCUCUGAUCGGCGGUCGGUCCGAUCCGAGGAACCAAGAAGCAAUACUGUCGAUGCCUAUUAUACUAUUAUACGAGCCUUUUAGCCCAAAGUAAAUGAAGAAUGACAAAAAACAACCAACACAUUGCGUUGAAAAAUUAAUAUUGUGAAUAAAAACAGAAACAUGCACACGCACACACACACAUACACACACACACACACAGUGAAAAGUAAUAAAAUUAAAAAACCGAGCAUUACACUACUCUGCGGAGGCUUUACCAUACCUAUAAAGUGUGCGGCAGUGUGUACCCCAGCAGUUCGAGGACUGACAAAGUCCAACGAGGUCGAAACCAUCUAAGCCGCACGUAUUCUUUACGGCACUGAAACCAACAGAAUCUCGAUGAUAUUUCAUUGUGAAGAAGGAACGAAUGACAUUGAGUUCGAACGAAACAAAAAUUAAAAAGCACCCACCGUUGUGACAGGACUGAAAAUAUACGGGAAUCGAGUCUCUCGCGUGUCCAAAAAUCGCACGAAAUUUGCUCAUGAGUUUUAGGAAACGAAGAAAAUAAAAUAGCGUCGAAUAAGAUGAAUAAUAAACAAACAAACAAACAAAAAUACAAAUCAAUAAAUAAAGAGACGAGAGAGAAAAUAAAACAAGUUGAAAACAAGAACGCGAAGGGAUUUCGUGGGUAUUCGACGAGUAGCAUAUUAGAUAUGUACUGCAUAAAGAUACACACCGAAGGUAGAGAACAAGGAGAAAUACAAAUAUAGAUACACUUUGAAAAAUGAAGAGAAAAAAACCAAAAAUUUAAAAAAAAAAAAAACACACAAAGAAAUGAAAUCGACGAAUAUAAGUGAGUAUAUAAAACGGGGGAGGAACUCUUGUAUAAAGUAGCGUGCGUAGUGGCUGAACGAAAAAAAAAAAAUAAAAAAAGACACGAGCGAGUUUGUUGUUGAACAUAAUAUUAUUGUAAGCAUUGAGAAUUAAAAAAAAUAAAAUUGAACAAAAAAAUGAAUUACCAGUGAUGGUGACAAUGAUUAUAAUAUUAUAUUAUUGUUGUUAAAUACAUAUAUAUAUACAUACAUAACGUACAUACGUAUAUGUAAAUAUAUAAUGCACAUACCUUUACCUUAAUAUACAUUUAUAUUAUUUAUUAGUGCGUAAAUUACAAUGAAUAUUAUUUAGUUAGUUUGAACUAUGUCAUCACAUGGAAUACACAUCAAAAUCAUUAUGAGAAAUUUUAUGACGAUGAGAAGAACGAUUCAUGCAACAUUUCGUAGUCACACCAACGCGAAAUCCAAUUUUCUCUACAGGAAAGAGCAUCCUGCUUGGAAAGCCAGCGUUCAAUCGCCUUUUCCCUGUCUCUAUAUUGAUCACAUUUCUAAUCAAGAAGAUCGAGGGGGCUGUAUCGGUGUCACUAACUUAAAAUAAUUUAUUCAUUCAACCGAUACGUGUGUCACUCUGAAUUGACGUACGUUCUGAUUCGUGAUGUCGAUUAGAUACGAAAUUCACCGUUAUUUAUUCAAAAAUUCAAACCACAAAGGCAAGAAUUAAACAUAUUCGCGAAUCUACUGCUAUUUAUCAGGCGGAAAUGUUGGUAAAUUCCACUUUUCAUCAACUUUGGUUAUGGAAAACUGAAAGAUUGCUUGAAUUUUCGACUCGACACGGGUCCAUUCUUCACCGAAAUUAUGUCGAUUGCACCACGUUUGCGGAGUACUUUUUCACAGCUGUCAGGGAUAAAAAUCAGUCUUGUGGUAAUGAAGCACACUUGAAAAGUUUUAUAAAUUGAUAAUCAAAGUAAAAAAAGGAUUUUCGAGCUCGUUUCUGGAGAUUCACAAUUAAGAAUGUUAGUCAUGAAAAAUCAUAGGUCGAUUUGCGUUCCAGCAUUCACAUUUCUUUUUCAACAAUUGGAUUUGAAUUUACGUCUUUAUUGGAGUAAUGAAACUUUCGAAACUCCCCCUUCCAGCUCCUGAGCUGCAUAGCAUGGACUGCGAAUUGUCCACUCGCUAAUACGAACUCUCGAUCAAUCCCCUCGUGUCACUCCACCACGACGCGAAUUAUUUCUUUGUAGUCAUAUUAAGAUUCAUGUCUAAAACUAAAGAGAAGUAAGUACAUAAACACGUAAGAAUAUGCGUUGAUGUUAUUUAGUUCUAACUGUUGGAAGCAAAAGGAAAAGUAAUAAACGAAAUCAUGUUACCGAAUUUCGCCGUCUUAUAUUCUGUCUCUGCAACUUUUCCUUCGUUUCAAUUUAAUGGGACUAUUGCCGAUUGAGCCAGGACGUUUUCGAGCGUAGAAACUCAAACUCAAAAUUCAUAGUCUGGCGAGGGAAUUGUGAUCAGAGAAUUUACUGAUUUCGAAUUCCAAACUUAUAAAUAAAAAUUGGUUGGAUGAAUUCGAAUAAAACCUUGCACACAUCUUUUGCAUACUCAGAAGCACUGGAUUAAUAUUUUUUUUCAAUUUAAAAAAAAAAAAAAUGUCGACCAUUUGAAAAAAAAAAAAUCACAAUUUUUGUGGAUUUCUCAGUAGAAAAUUGUUUAUAAAAGACAAGAACAAAGGUUAUCAAAAGGCGGCUACGUCAUGCUGAAAACAUACGUUUUCCCUACAAAAUGCAAUUUUAAUCAAGUCGCUGGGAUAAAAACUCUUUCCGUUUUGCUGUCAACGCCCAUUCAAGGGGUGCCAUUUUCGACCCACCAUUGUACAAAAAUAUACCAUUAAGAAAAUAAAAAAAAAAAAAAUUCAGUACUUCUGAGCAUGUAAAAGAUGUGUACAAGAUUUAAUGUGAAUCCAUCCAACCAAUUUUUAUUUAUAAAUUGAACACAAAACAACCAAAAAUUCCAACGUUUGCACUGUUCACAGCCCUUAAAGAUUGCAUAAAUUUUUUAUCUUAUAAUAGUCUUACUGCCUUUUCCUUAGAAUGUUCGGAACUGGUGGUUCUGUAGGUGAUGUGUUUAUAUUCAGGAGCUGGUGGACAUCGAUGAGAAAUUCACGGUAUGCGAAACGUUUGGAAUGGACUCCUGAGCGAAAAUCGCUUAGAUGGCAAAGUUUUCAUGGCCCAGAUAUACGGGCUCGGGAGACUUACGCAAUGACUCAGUUUGCCGCUUGAUAUAUUCGAAUUUCAAAAUCGAACUCCGCGAGUUAGUCAAUCCAUGCGUAAUUUUUGACAUUCGUUAAUGCUUCUGUAUCUUUUAUGGAAACUGCAAAUGCUGCAAAAUCAUAUUUAGCAAUACCCGCGUUCCAGUUGUCACAGUUUUCGUUCGAAAUUCAGCAGUCCGAAAAGUCUCGAGGAAGCACGCAGUCCAUUUUCCCUUGGUCUCGCAUCAGUACGGUUAUUAUUUUAUAAAGGGUCGGACCUUCUGGAAUAUUCAAGCGCAAAAGAAAAGUUUCUAAUUAACGCUCGAGGUUCGGUGUGUCGGGGAAAGCGCGGAGGAAAUUAAUCUGUAUGUAUAACGGAAAAAACCGCCGAGCUUAAAUUGUACGGAGAUUUUAAAAAAAUAAAAAGUGCAACAAGGUGACGAAGAAAGGCCAUAAAAAUGGCUGGACUCACCGGCUCGCUGGCUGAUUCACGACUCCUGCUUAUUACAACUUUUAUCUUUUUCGCCGAUCUUUCCAACGCCGAUGACAUUUUUCUCACCGUUAACGUUAAAAAACCCUUGGCUUUGACGAGCGACAAGUUUCUCAGUUACACUCUCGACCCAACGGUCGUUCUCACCGGAGAUGCUCUUACACGACAUGCCGAAAGGAGCGUCAACAUGGCGAGAGCUCUCUCACCUGCAUUCGUCAGAAUCGGUGGACCUCGAAGUAACUCGUAUACCUUCGUGAGACCUCGUAGCAUGCACUUCGAGGAAGAUCCAAAUUUUACGAUUACUGAGUCAAACUGGAUCAACGUUAAUCGCUGGGCAGAGAAUGCAGGUCUAGACAUACUGGUAUGCAUCACACCGCAACAUACUGAGAUCGGAGGUGGAGAUUCUGUCUGGGAUUCGAGAAACGCUCUGGACCUCAUCUCGUUCAGUGAUCAAAUGGGUUUCAAUACCAGCUGGCAACUCGGUUACGAGUGUCAAACUCGUUGCGACGUAACUGGCAUCGAUAGUGGCAAAGCAGUUAUGCGACUACGCAGUAUGCUAGAUGCAUUUCCAAGGUACUCGAAGAGCCUCGUAACUGGUCCAGAUGUCGUAGCAUACCGAACGAAACAGCAACAGCAGUACCUACAAGAUUAUUUGAGCGUUGCGGGGAAUGCACUUUCGGCAAUAACUUGGCAUCCAAACUUUGCCGGCGUAACGCUCGAUGAUGAGGGUGUAUCGAUGCAAUAUGAUAGCUUGGCAGUCGACAGAGAUAGCCUUUACAGACUCGUAGGACGCGCUAUAUGGAAAAAACCUCUUUGGAUUGCUGAAUCAAAGCCGGAGGAUUGCAAGAAACAAUUUUUGGGUGCCCUCGCGUGGACGAGGCGCCUAGGCAACGCAGCGAGACUCGGAGUUCAAGUUAUCUUGAGGCAGCCUUAUGGUUCCAACUUGCUUCAACCAACUCCCGAUUAUUGGGUUUCCGUACUCCAUAAAGCACUGGUGGGUCCCGAAGUCCUCGACGCAAGAGUAACCAACGGGAAUCGCAGUCACGUACACUUUUAUUGCCAGUGCACGAAACCCUCGUCGAAAUACGAGAAAGGCUCAUUGACCGUUUUCGGAAUAAAUCUGACGCCGAAGAAAAUAGUCGUUAAUCUAAAAAGUUUGAAGGCCAAAACAAUUCACAAAUAUAUAUUGCUGCCUGGCUUCGACGCGGAUAACAGAAUGUUCUCUGAAACUGUCCUGCUCAACAACGCGCCUUUGAGACUCAUUAAUGAACAAGAAUUACCCCAAAUAAGACCACAGGUUUUGAACGCCAGUAAAGGAGUUUCCAUGAAACUUCCAUCCGGAGGCAUAGGCUUCUGGGUUCUGCCAGGUCUCAAGAUCAAAUCAUGCGGUGGCCUCGAGGACGACAACACGGAUAAAACGUUGCUGAAAAGAUUAUCAAAACGCCUGGAAGAGUCGGAAUCCGAGGAGGACAACGUCGCCGGUGAAGAGACAAACUACAACGAUAUUUUAUCAAUGAAAUCGAACAAGAACCGGAAGCGCAGUAGGCAAUAUUACAACGGGGAAGGCGAGAGCGAAAAACAUCACAUAAAAAUAGAGGCGGAAAGGGAUCUCGAUAGGCUGGAAAAGAUGCUUCGAAAACGAGAAAAUCACGACAACGGAAUGUCCAUGUGGAGGGGACGCACGUCUUAUUUCGGCUCCGACGAUCGGAUACCGGAGAAAAGAUUCGACGGAAAUGACUUUGACGAAACGAGCCGAGAGAUGAGGGAAAAACUGAAAGAAUACAAAAGACGUUUGAAGCAAUACGAGUACAAAAUUAAGAGGAUCGAACCUUCGUCACGAGCCUAUGUGGCAGAAAGCGAGGAGACGGUCGACAGUGAAAAGGUCAUUGAUGCCAUGAAACUGAUAUCAAAAAUGGAGAAUGCAAUGAGGAAACUCGAGAGAGACGAGCUAACGAACACAGCGAUUCUCGAUCGACACGGCGUAAGCAGCGCUCGCAGGACUCCGAGCAACGGUAGGAACAAUCGAGACGACACGUUCCUCGACAAACUACUCGACUCGAAGAAAAUAAAACGCAGCAGCGUGCCAUCGAGAAUCGAGGACCAAUUACGAGCGAUUUACCAGAUGCUGGCUGAUGAAAGAGACAGACGUCGCAGGAGUGACACAGAAAAUGAAGGGACUGUUGGAAGAAAACAAGCCGGCGUCGUAAGCUCAACAACAGACAGGGGAAAUUUUUCAAGACCACGCAGAGACGCUGACAAGAAAUUCGGCGUCGAUCCACUCGGGCUCAGAAGAGAAGGGCUCUAUCGGAGAUUAAGCCGGUUUACCGACGACGAGACCAAAGAUCGUAGAAUCCGACGGAAGGACGAGCGCAGCAGAGACAGACAUGCUUUCAUAAUCGACUCAGAAGAAGCCUCUGACAGUGAGGAAGAUGAUUUUUACGGUUUUCAUAAACGUGAACCAAUGAGAAACUUUCCACACGGUGACGUGCAUCUCUCAAUUGGGAAAUCCGAGGAAGAGCCUCCAAAAGACUACGAUUAUGAGAUAGACGACGACGGAGAGCGACAUUCGAGAAAAAUGUCAAAAGGCUCCAGGCUACACAAGACUCUCAGAGCAAAGCUUGACGAAGAUAAAAGUCUGCGCGUAGAAGUGGAAAACAUCGGAGCUGCUCACCUACCCAUUGACUACUUCGGGAAUUUUAGACUCUCCACCCGACCACGACCACGACACAAAGAUGUGGAAGGCGGCCACAGCGAGCUCUGGGAAGGCGAAUCGAUCAGUCAAAAAAGUGAGGACACUUCGAGCCCUGAAAUAGAUCGGUUGGUCACUGUCGAGGAAAUCGUUCCCGAACAACAUCCCGAUGUGCAAAACGAUCGGAGAGCUAAAGACUUGAUAGUGGAAAAGCUCAUCCGUUACUUUAAGGGCCCGAGUGCCGAAACGGACGAAAUACCGGAUUACGAAAGCACCGAGGAUUUCAAGUACCGGGAAAGUUAUGAGAGGACUCCGGCCCAUACGAUGAAGAAUCGUGGUGAAUCGAACUUGAAGGUCCAAGUCGAUUCCCACUAUCCGACUCAGGUUACUCCAACGAAGCAUUUUAAGAGGCACGAGGAAUGCGAGGAGAAAACGUGCCUCGCUUCGGACAAACCCGGUAAUUUGGCAGCCGUUAAGUCAUCGGAUUUCAACGAACCGACUGGCGCUUCGGAGGAAAAAACUACCAGCAGUAGCGACACGGCCUAUAAAAUCACCGAUGAACCUGCCAAUAGAAAUAAAAGAUCGACGAACAUUUUACUCGAAGAUGCUCUCAAUCGUGAAAUGAUAUUCCAGGAUGACAACAACCUUAAAGAUUGCGAUUGCCGCGUCCCCAGAAGCGCGAAAGCUGUCAAACGCGACGUGGAUGAUGGUAAAAGGAAAAGGCUCAAUCGCCCAUUGACGAAAUCAUUGCGCUCUUCACGAUUAGGGUCUCGCCAAACAAGUCCACUCCGAAAAAACCGAAAACGCGAAGAAAAGUCGAGCCCAAUACCCGCCGAGGAUGAAGAUGAGAGACAGAAUCCGCGAGUUACGAGACGCAAACGAAGUUCGGAGUCGUCGAAUGAUAAAAUCGAAUCAGAAAAAACAGCGACGACCGAUUCUGACAGACCCGGAAGUACGAACGGUUACGAUUCACCGAAAAAUCUGGAGACCCCAAAAAUCCGAAUGACUAAGGAUUCGCCGUUAAAAAACGAAAAGGUAAAUCGUACGACGGAACGCAGGCCAAUGGGAGCUCGCAAGGCAGCGAAGCGACGUGCCCAAUCAAAAUCGUCCACGAUUUACCCACAGACUCGAGAAACAAAUUCCGAAGGCCAGGAAUCUUCCACGCCGAAAAUUGAGCUAGAAGAAAACAAACUCGUUACAACGCUCACACCGAAUACUAAACUUUCUCGCUUCCGGAAAAAUAGAAAAGGAGCCGCAAAAGAGCUCAACGAAACAACGGGAGAACCGAGCUAUUCGGACAGUACGACUGUACCGAGUGUCGGGCUCAGGAGCCCCCUUUAUAAGGUUAACAAGAUGGCGUCUUCCCGCAAGGGUGUCACGGCUACGACUAAUGCGCCUCCGUCGACUGCUGUCUCGCAGAGGAGCCUUCAGGAAUCGACUACGGAAACUGAGGAAUCGAAUGCGCGUGUUACGGAGCCUUCGAAAUCGAUUAAAAAAUCGGCGAAUCCGCAAUCGGUGUUGUCCAAAUUGCGCCGGAAGAUGGUAACGACAACCGCGAUGCCCACGAUUGCUGCUGCUACUCAAUACGGUUUCGAGGCAGACGAGACUCCGAAGACCGAGUCACCUGUUCGCAAGGUGAGAAAAUCAGCGAAAACGGAGACAACAACUGCAGCGCCGAUGGACAGUCCAAUCGUAACUGCGACGAUGAACAGCGAUGAGAAAAGAUUUCUUAAAGCUAAAAGACUCGAGCUGUUUCUACAAAAGUUUUUAGAGACAUCAUCGCCACCAGUUUUAAGAUCCCUGAAAAAUAACGACGUGAAACGAUCUCCGAAGCUUGAGAGCACAGUUCUGAAAGAGACUCUCGAAACGACGACGAUCCCCGUAGUGACACCUCCGGAAAAUCAAGAUGAGAAAAAGUCGCUCAAACCGAAAAAAGCAGAGCGAUUGGAAAAGUUGAAGGCACCGACUCCGUCCCCGGUUGUAGCAUCCAUGAAAAACGACGAUGAGAAAAAGUCGCCUAAGUCUAAAAAGGCAGAGUUAGCGAAGAAGUUAGACGGAACAACUCCUUCGCCGGUUGCAGGAUCCGUGAAAAAUAACGGUGAGAAAAAACCACUAAAACUGAAAAAAAUCGAGUUGCAAAAAUCGGAAGGAAAAUCGUUUUCCGUAGGAGCCCCGAUGAAAAGCAACGUCGGGAAGCAAUCCCUGAAAUCAAAGAAAUCCGAAUCAUUGCCGAAAACGUCCCUCGUUGGAGCGUGUACGAAAGACGGCACUGAUAAACAAUCAUUUAAGGAGAAAACGGCUGAAUCAUUACGAAAAUUGCAAGCCAAAUUGCGCGAGAAGAGGGAAAAGCUUGUGAAUGAAUAUCGCAAGGAAUUGUUGAGCGAGAUCGAUGCUGCGAGUGAGGAAAAUAGAAAUAUUUACCGACGCGAAGUCAUGGGCAUGAUGAUGAACGAGGCAGAGCUCCGCGAGCUCGUGGAUCAAGCGAAAUUCGAAUAUCUUAAGCACAACAAGCCCGUAGAUUACGAACUCGCGGAAGAGUCUCACGAUCUUAACGAGACUGGAAUAAUCGGACAGAAAUCCGUACCGCAAGUGCAAGAGAUUUCGAAACCGCUUCACGUGACUCAAGAAAGUACAGCAACGCCGCGAACUCAAAACAUCGAAAUGUCCAUCAAACCAGCAUCACUGGAAGCUCAGCCAGCAGCGAAGGCUAAAAAUAUCAGCCCACGCCUGAACGAUGACGCUACGAAUCACAAGAUUGCAAGACGUGACGACAAACCACACCACGAGAACGUCGGCAGUUCAGAGAGUAUGCCGUUCUAUUCACCUGUGCUGUACGGAGAAGAUUUUCGUGACGGAACAUCCGCCGGAACAAAAGAAUUCGUCGGGUUUGCUGAACCAUUUGAAAAUUCCGCGUUCACGCACAAAGAUAAAAAAAUCAUGCCCAAUUACACGACUGAAAACCGCUCUGACUAUUCCGAUGAAGUUAGCGACGUAGAUUACGACACAGAUUUGUUUCUGAAUGGCGAAGAGAAAAAUCGGAGUGCAGAAGUGUCCGACGAGUUGGCGAGUUCGAAACACAAUUCUAGCGACGAUGGCAACAAAUUGCUCAGAAAUUUGAAGGGUAAAAAUCCAUACGAAGCAAUUAACGAUGAUACGAGAACCACCGAGGCCGAACACACUUCGAAAAAAAGAUAUUUAACAAGUUCAGACUUUGAUCGUGAACAAAAGUAUGAAAGUCCAAAGUACGCGAGACUAUUCGUAGACAGACGCGAAUCUCUUCCGGGGGACAAAAUCGCAGUGACGGUGCUCAACGAUCGAGAGAGCAAAGGCAAGGUGAAGAGCAUUGGAACGAAAAAUUUGGAGAAGAAAAACAUUGAGGCGGGUGGUGAAAAACCAUCGUGGAUCGUGAAACGUUUGAAAGACGAUUAUCAGGAAAAUCACUCAGCCAUGAUCAAUUAUGCUGAUUUAGAUGAAGCGUUGAACUCCGGCGAUUACGAGCUAGUUAUGCUGAUUCCUGUGAAUGAUAGUCAAAGGAAAAUUAGACAAAAACGAAAUGUAAGAAACCAGAUAACGAGAGAUCUAGGAAUCUCGGCUGCACAUGACGUAAUAAUCGACAUAUUGCCGAAAAACGAGAAAGAAGAUGCAACAAUUGAUCAUGCCGAUCACAACGUCAGGACUAACGAAAUUGUCUCCGAAGAUUUUCCAAGAACGGAAAUUUUGAACCAUCACGAAAGAGACGAUCAUUCGAUGGGACAAUAUCUGAUACCCGCUAUCGAUAGAAAACUGAAAAUGUCGGAGGAAAGAGAUGUCAAAAUACUCGCAAAUAAAUUCCUCAAGGAAGAAGAAACAGUUCCGUUCAUUCCAGAUACACAUGUAACAUUGGAAAAAAAAUCUCCCAGCGACGAAGAACUUCCCGAUGUUUUGAAAGAAGCUCUGUCAAAACCGGAAGUGAAUGGUGGACUCGGCGAAGCCCAACGCAUUUCCGAAUCUCUUGAAAAAUUCAUCGACGAUUUCGAGGACAAGCUCGCGACCAAAAGAGACAAUCCGAAUAAAAACGUAGCAAAUAUUUUUCCAAUUAGUAGUGACAUUCUAGGUACGACGGUCACGAACGUGAAGAAAUUAUUCAAUUUUCUCUCGGGACUCGUACAAGUAUUUCGAGCCAAUUAACAUAUUAAUCAUUUUCUCUGGCUCCAUAAUGUACAGUUCGUUAUUUAUGUACGAUUUUUUUUACACUUUUUGUACGAACCUUACGAUAUAUUCGUCGAACAUUCACAAUGGAAACACGAUGUUACCCAAUGUGUCAAUAUUUCAAUGAAUAUCAUUUAUUUUGUGUAAUAAAAUAUUUUACUACCCGA